CACCGAGGAGAAGGCGGAACGCGGGCCCUUCUGGGCCUGGCAUCCUCGAGAGGCCCGAUCGGCCACCGCUGCCCGACCCUCAGACUCCCAGUGAGACCCACGACAAGAGCAUGCGUUUCCUGGCGCACUACAUGGCACUUCCGGAGAGUGUGCGCGGCGAGAUCGGGCUGUCGUUUGAGGAUUUCAUCAUCGAGUGCUCCUACAUGGGCUCCGACUGCGGCGACCAGCGCUUGUUCCGGACUGUGACCUCGCCUCAGUACGGCAACUGUUACACCUUCAACUCGAACGUCACCGAGUCAGAGGAUCUGUACGCCGGGAUGCGCGAGACCAGUCUCACUGGCGACAUGUUCAGUUUCAGUUUGAUUCUGAACAUGAAGGAGUACGUGUACCCGCCGUCGCGAACGGCGUCUCUGGGAGCCAGAAUUGUGGUCCACAAUCCAGAUCAGGUGCCGGCCGUGGAGCAGAGCGGUCUCAACCUCUACCCCCAGACUACCACCUCUGUCGCCAUAGACCAGUGGAGCGUUCAGCGUCUUCCGCUCCCUUUCGAGGCCGGGUGUGCAUUUGGGUGGAAGGAGGUGGACUACGAGCCGUAUUCCAGAAUCAACGACUCCAGCGUACACGAAAUGUACUCUGUCACGCGCUGCAAGAGCAUGUGUCUGCAGGACGCCCUGAUAAAGACUUGCGGCUGUUUCCAUCCGCUGCAGGCGGCGCCGGAGGGCUUCAGGAGGAGGGGCGACGCCGCGCCGCCGGUGUCACCGCCCUGUCUCCUCACCACCGAGAGUGACGACCUGCUGUGUGUGCGGGAGCUCUUCGAGCGCCAGAACACGACGUGCCACUGUCCGUCGCCGUGCUACGAGACCGGCUACAACGCGCAACAGUCGAUGACCAUGUGGCCCAGACAGUCGUACCUGAGCACUUUGAUUGGACGUCUGAAGCUAAACUUCAGCAGUCUGUUGAUGGAGGAUGCUGAAAGACUUCCUCAGAACAUCCUCGAACUAAAGGUGUUCUACAAAACGCUGGACGUGCAGCGCAUCCUACAAACACCCAAAUACUCGUACAUUUCCCUGGUGAGCAGUGUCGGAGGCGCCAUGUCGCUCUAUCUGGGGAUUUCGCUGGUCAUGGUCGCCGAACUAUUCGAGUAUUUGAUCCUGCUGGCCUGGGCCGUGGCUAAAUUCUACACGAAAAGCCGUCAGGGUCCCCGUAAAGUACAGCCCGGAGCGGAACUGGCCGAGAAUAUGCCAGAAGACUUUGGUAAAGUACCACCGUCCUACACCGCCGAGACGACCCUGUACCCAGUGCCGUCGAAAGCCCUGUAUCUACCUCCGAAGUCGCCACGCGCCCUGAAGUGGUAACAGAGUGUGAAAUGAGUGCAUGUUCUGUCCCGUGUCCACUGACCACUGUCCAGUCCUGCUGGCCUGGAAGAGUUUAGAGCAGUCAUUUAUAAAUGUUCAAUGCUUUGUGUGUUGAAAAUGAUGGCCAUGGGGUAUAGUUUGCGUUGCAUAUCGUUUCUUAAUUCACGCUCCACAGUCAUCAUCUAUUGACAUGUUUUAUCUAUAUCCAGUUGUGUGUCACGUAUCUGAUUUAAAAAAAUAUAAAGGCAAAAAAAUGUGAGGAACAUGUUACUGUAAUACAGGGUUAACCGUCG